AUGUCCAGUCUUGAGCUUCGACCCCGACUGCCGCCCGAACUCGAGAGAAGAAUCUUCGAAACUUCUGCUCUUCUCGACCGUUCAUCCAUCCCUCGCCUCCUUCUCGUCGCUUCUCGUGUACUUAUCUGGAUAGAACCUUUGCUGUACCGAAGUCUUGAAAUUGGGCUGAGUGGAGUGGACGGGCUCAACGUCGUGCGAGCGGUACUAGCGAAGCCGACGGAAUUUAUCAGUCGCAGCCUCCGUUCUCUCGUCUUCGGCCACAAUUUCUUUCAAUACUGGGCCUCCCUCUCAGAAGAUGAUAAGCUCAAGUUAUCGAGCCUCAUUAAAGGAAGGAUUACCCACGUUGGCGUGGCAGGGGCAGUCCAUUGCAUGUCUAUACUCGAAGAGUUCUCCGCAAGUCCCCUCCAGCUAUCGUGCUACCUCGACGAUCUCUUUGGCUAUACAGUUUUCGAGGCCGUAUCCACGACAAGCGGACUCAGAGCUGUCGUCCAGCAUCCUAUAUUCCGCCAGCUCACCCACUUUCGCAUCUUCAACGCCAAUCCCAGCAGGACAGAGCCCAUUUUGACCAUCGCGCGACAACUCCCUGCAUUGACACAUCUCGCGAUGCCGAGCUACCAUUUUGGCCGGUCCAUCAACAUAAAUCCACGCGAGCAAAGGGUGAAGCAGUACCUGACGGAGUGUCGGAUGCUGCAGGUGUUAGUCUCGAUCGAAGAAUCCGUUUCGGAUGAAAGACCCCAACAAGUGGCAGAGACAGUAGUACAUGAUGCGCCAGAGGAGGUGGUGCCCGACAUCCGCUUUGUUGAGUGCAACGUCGUGCAUUGGUUAGAAGAUGCUCGGCCUGGCUAUAACUUUUGGGAUAAGGCGGAAGCCUUGAUUGCCCUGAGGCGAGAACGUGUAGCCAAAAACGCGUCGAGGUGA